UUUCCAUUUUCUUACGUUGAUAUAUCCGCCUUUUUUUUUUCUCUGGUUUCAACUUUCAACUCAUUUUCACGUUGAUAAGUUCCGAUUUCAUGUAAUCGUCUCCAAAUUUCAAGCAAAGUUCCUAAAAUCGCCAUGAAAUCUCUGCUCCACAACACAAUCCCCUCAAUCAACCGCUCGGCUGGAAUCAAAUCCUCAUCAACUGAAUCCAACAGUCGAGCGUAUUUACAGUUCCCCCUAGCAAACGACGCAAAAUUUCUCUUAUCCCGACAACAAAAACGCCAAUUAACCGUCAAUUCCGUGGUUGAUUCAGCUUCAGUUGAUCAGUAUUAUGGACUUACUGAAUCAGAUGCACGAAAUCCUACAUUGUCAACUUCGUUUCGGAGUCAGAGGGAUAGGAAACCUAACCAGACGGUGUUAGAAGCUCAGACCAGGGUUUGUACUGGGCCAACACAAACCAAACCACUUACAGAAGCACAAGCUUUCAAAGUUUUAGAUACCAUACUACGAUCUGCAAAGGGAGACCUAAAAGAUGAAGAACAGGUAUCAAAAGCUCAACUAGGAGCAUUCUUUGCAGCCAUGACAAUUCGUGCAAAUACAUUUCCAGAAGCAACUCAAUGGAGUGAAGGAGAAAGGCGUGCAAUGGAUGCAUAUUGGCCUCAUUUAGUUCGAACCCUUCCUUCAGACAUAAUCUUUCUAGCUGAUCCAGAAGGUUCCAUAAUGAGACUCGGGAGUUCAAUUGGGCCACAAUAUGUUGGCAAUGGGAGUCAUGAAAUGAGACUUGUGGGUGCCCUAAGAGAAGUUUUAGCAGGAGGUCAUCUUGGGUAUGAAGAGGUUCAAGGUGUUUUAAAAGAUGUUCUUCCUUUAUUGGAACAUGACACUGUAAGUGAGUCUCUAUUAUCAGCAUUCUUGAUAGGUCAAAGAAUGAAUAGGGAGACAGAUCGUGAGCUUAAAGCAUACUGCCUUGCAUUUGAUGAUGAGCUUGGUCCUGUUCCAGUGGCUGAUGUUAGAUCAUUGACUCAUUAUGGUGAACCUUAUGAUGGAAACACACGUUUCUUUAGGAGCACACUCUUUGUUGCUGCUGUAAGAUCUUGUUACAAUGAAGCAUCUCUUCUCCAUGGUGUUGAUUGGAUGCCACCCAAGGGUGGCAUAACUGAGGAGCAAAUGCUAAAAUUCAUGGGAGCAAAUACUAGUAUAACACCAUUGCAAGCUAAAACGCUUCUUGAGGAUGAAGCAGUUGGCUUUGCUUAUGUGAGUCAACGUGAAGCUCGCCCCUCUUUAUAUUCGCUGAUUGAAAUGAGGGAACAUAUAAAGAAACGUCCACCAUUGGCAACAACCGAAAAGGUUCAGCAAUUUGUGAGGGCUACAGGUAAAGAAGCAAUGGUUGCAGGAUUCUACCAUGAAGGUUAUGAAGAACCACUUUUAAUGCUCAUGAGACGAAGAGGUGUUCAUGCUGGUUUGGUGGUGAAGGGGGAAGAAGGGGCGCUUUCAAUGACAAUGAAAAUGCGAUCGAUUAAUGCAUCAAAAGGGCUUCCUGUCAACUACUGUUCUGGUUUUCGUUCACUCAACACCCCACCACAUUAUGAUGUGGAUGGAGUGUCGCGUGAGAGUUUUUCCUUAAUAGUGGAUGCAAAUGAAUAUGGUUUCGAACCCUCGGAAACUCCACGAACAGAUAGAUCUGUUUCGAAGAACAUAGAACUGGGGUUAGACGCGUUACGUGGAGAAAAGGGGCCCGCAUAUGAUCGGAUUGUAUUAAAUGCCGGAAUGACAGAUCACCUACUUGGAUGCUCGGGUGCAGAAGACGUAUCAACUGCCCUCGAUAGAGCCAGGGAUGCCAUCGACAGUGGCAAGGCCCUCAAUCGAUUCUUGAGUUACAUAAAGAUUUCCCAUAAACUCAAAUGAAAUUUUUAUCUUUAUCUUUUCUUUUCAUCACACACACACACACAAUGUGCCAUCGACAGUGAAAAGGAUUUUGUUUUUGUACUAAAUGUUACAGCUUAGGGUGUGUUUAUGUUGUGGACUGUUUUUGUGGGAUUUGGAAUCAAUCAUGUAA